UGUUAGGACCUUCCCUCAGGGCCGUGAAGAUGGUCACUAAAUCCUUAGGCGGCGGUGGCGAUCUUGAGAUUUUAUGUCCUGAGUGACGUAAAUCUGUGGGCUAUUCCAUGGGGGCAAAUGCCUGCUGCUAAGCUUCCUCUGAACUUAGCUUUUGCGUUUCAUGUGAUGUCUUCGAUUCAACAGUUACGGAAAGGUUGUGCACACGGGGACAGUUAUUUCGUGCGUUGUUUAGUCGCUGCCCAGAGAAAAGAAACAGAAGGCUGCAGCCCCCCAGCUCCCGCCCAGCUGCGGGUGGGUUGUGGUGGGCGUGGCUUGUGGUGGGCAUCCCGUAGGUGCAAGUUAGGCUCCUCACGGUGCAAAAGUUGGCCGUGAUUUUUCAGAAGAAAUCUUAAUUUUGUAUUGGUUUUUUAAAUGGGCUUCCCCUGUAAAGGCCCUGGAUUUGUGGGUAAAAGAUGUUUUGACUUUUUUUCUAAACAGCUCUACAAAGUUGGGCCAAAGUCCAAGAAAAUGCAAACUGAAAUGAUUUAUCUCCUUAUUGUUUCUAUGUGCGUAACCCCUGCUGCCAUAAUCGGAUUGCGCUGAUGCAAGACUUCUUGGAAGGAACUAGAGAGGGACCACCUUGCCCUGCCCCAUCUUCCUUCAGCUCUGUCUUGUGUGUUACACCUACAUAUAUACACACAGUCUAUGUGUCAUAGAAAGACUUCUUUGAAACUGGAACAGAACGGAAUAUUUCAGUUGGAAGGGACCUACGCUGUCAUCUAGUCCAACUGAAAAUACAUCGUAAACAUGAGCGUAUCUUUUCAAGUCUGGCACAAUGCUCCUUCCUAGCCAAAUGCCAUCUUUCCUACUUCUUAAACUGAAAAAUCCCUGAAGGAAUUUAAAUUCUGCUUUCUAAGCCUGAGAAACAGGCACGGCUUUAAACACAGGAGAGCUUUGUUUCUCUGAAAUAUAAAAUGGGGAGAUUUUAGUACAUUCUGAAUGGAAUAAAUAGUCUUGAACGCUUGCUAUGACUCUAAAUAUUUCCUUAAUCUGAAAGUUUGCUACCUUCAGGCUUAUUCGUUCCACUCUUAGCUCCCCUUGCAGGCAUUGGAUGUAGUUUUAUUUAUUAGCUUCCUUGUUUCAUUUUUGUUACCAUCACUGUAAUGAAUGUCCUCAUUCCGACAGUGACGUAUAGCCUGUCCGCCCCUGCGCUGUGCCAUAUUGUGUCAAGUAAGAGUGAAAGCGCUGGUGACUUCAUUUAGCGAGGCCAGUUUUUGUUUGGCCGUCUGGUACCAUUCUCUACAGUCUACCUACCUCCCCAGGAGACCCCUGGUCAGAAGCAAACUCUCUUUUUCCUUACUUUAUUUUUUUUCCUCUUGUCCUUUUCUUUCUUUGAACAAGGAAGAAAAGAGAACUGCAGUCAAAAUGGCUUUACACCACAAAGCUGGUUGUUUUUUGGAAACGGUAAAGUGUCCAGACUGGUGGAGUAGCUUGCAAGAGCCACUGUGCUAUUUCUCCCAGUUAAAAUAAUGUCUGUUUUUGCCUGGGUGUGUAUUUAGAAAGGGGGGGGGAAGCAGCCAAAGGAAAUAGCUGUGAAAUGUGUUUCGUAACAGCAGGUGCUUUCCAUGUGUUUCAGAGUCAGUGAUGGAGACCCCCGGCCGCAGCGCGCUGCACCUGAGUGACUGGCAGAAGAGCUACUUUGCUGUUACCUCUGGCGCCUGCACGCCCGGGCAGAAGGCAGAUGAAUACCGUGCCCAAAUCCUGCGCGUACAGUACGCGUGGGCAAACUCCGAGAUCUCUCAGGCCUGUGCCACCAACCUGUUUAGAAAGUAUGCAGAGAAAUACUCUGCAAUUAUUGACUCUGACAACAUAGAGACUGGCUUGAAUAACUACGCUGAAAACAUUUUGACUUUGGCAAAGUGCCGGCAAAACGACAGUGACAAGUGGCAAUCUGCCCUGACAACAGAUAAUGUAUUUGGGUUAAAGCGUGUGCAAGAGCGGAUGCAGGCUGGCAAAAAUUUCCGAAGCUCUGGGGUGGCACCGGCAGAUGCCUGUGCCCCAGCUGAUAAAGGUCUUGGUGCCUCCGCCGCUCCAGGUCUUCCUCAGCUCGGCGUCCCCAGUGGCGCCGGAGAGACUGAACUCUGUGCUGGCCCAGCAAAAUGCGCAGGUCGGGGACCCGAUCUCCUUGGGCAGCCCUCACCGGCAGAGUCUCCUCAAAGCGGCGUGCCUGCUGCGACCGAAACUUCGGCUGCCCGUCCUGCCACCUCAGCCUCCUUCAAGGAACAGCUUCCUACAGGUUUCCAGGCAACUCCGCUGUUUGGAAGUAAAGAAGCGGCACGAGGCAGUUCUCUGAAACCGUCGAGCAGCUGUCGUGAUGGACGACAUCUGUCUCUUCCUGGUCAGUCAGCUACACCUGCCUGGUCCGCAAGUUCUGGAAAAAGAAGAGCGUUUUAUGGCCUGGCUGAUGAAGGCAGCGCGGUGGCUCCCAGCCUUGCCCCGUGCCAGGCUUCUGUUGGUACUGAAACCAGCAGUCUUUCAGGGAGCAGAAACAGAGAUGAGGAGAGCAGCGUUCCUGGUUUUAGAACUGCAAAAGAACAGCUGUGGGUGGAUCAGCAGAAGAAAUCUCAGCACCUGCCCCAGCGUGCCCCAGUCGCCUCGUACGGAGGCGUAAAGAAGUCCCUGGGCGCAGGCAGAUCUCGGGGUCCGUUUGGCAAGUUUGUUCCUCCGGUUCCAAAACAGGACGGGAAUGAGAACGGAGAAGCGCAGUGUAAACCUCAUGCGAGAGGGCCGGCGGAUCCGCCGCCGCUUGUAGAUGAGCGGCUGAGAAACAUAGAGCCAAAAAUGGUUGAACUCAUCAUGCAUGAGAUCAUGGACCACGGGCCUCCUGUCAGCUGGGACGACAUUGCCGGGGUUGAGUUUGCUAAAGCUACCAUCAAAGAAAUAGUGGUCUGGCCCAUGCUGAGGCCAGACAUCUUCACCGGGUUACGUGGUCCUCCAAAAGGAAUUCUUCUCUUUGGGCCCCCUGGGACUGGCAAGACUCUUAUAGGCAAGUGCAUCGCGUGCCAGUCGGGAGCGACUUUUUUUAGCAUCAGCGCCUCCUCUCUGACUUCCAAGUGGGUAGGCGAGGGGGAAAAGAUGGUCCGUGCGCUGUUCGCUGUGGCACGAUGUCAGCAGCCAGCAGUGAUUUUCAUCGAUGAAAUCGACUCGCUGUUGUCCCAGCGUGGAGAUGGGGAGCACGAGUCGUCGAGACGGAUAAAAACGGAAUUUCUGGUCCAGUUAGAUGGGGCAGCAACCUCCUCUGAAGAUCGUAUUCUAGUGGUCGGAGCAACGAAUCGGCCCCAGGAGAUCGACGAAGCUGCCCGGAGGAGACUAGUGAAGAGACUGUACAUCCCUCUUCCAGAAGCCUCGGCCAGGAAGCAGAUCGUUACCCGCCUAAUGUCAAAGGAGCACUGCUCUCUAAGUGAAGGGGAGCUGGACGUCAUAGUUAAGAAAUCGAAUGGAUUUUCUGGGGCAGACAUGGCACAGCUCUGCCGAGAAGCCUCUCUGGGCCCUAUCCGCAGCCUCCAGGCGACGGACAUUGCAACCAUCGCACCAGAGCAAGUGCGGCCUAUUGCUUUUCUGGACUUUGAGAGUGCCUUCAGAACGGUGCGGCCCAGCGUCUCCUCAAAGGACCUGGAGCUGUACGAAACCUGGAACCAGACGUUUGGCUGCGGUGGGUCGUCGCACCCUACCUGUUUCUCGGGAACGUCUCCUUAGCGCCGCCGCGUACUGCAGCUGGGAUAAUCUGGGGUGUCUGCACUUCUCUUUCUUUGUUUUUGUCUUUGAAACACAUCUUCCUGUGUUAUGCAGGCAGAUGUCCAGGCCCUGCCCUGAGGUUUAGCUCACUGAAAAGACGGUGAGAAACCGCUGGUCAUGCUAUGAGAAACUGCUGAACACAAGUAGUGGAGCGAGAAGCUGACAGAAAUGACCGAUGGCUGCAGUGAAGGUGGGCAGACUUUGCUGACAUUUAAGGGGAAGAUGGUCAAACCUCACGUACAGCUGAAGGGAGGAUUGGGGGCACCUUGCAAGGCCCCUGUGGUGUGUCAGUAAUGCCGUGCUAGGCUGAGGGGAGCCGGGUAACGUCAGCAGAAAUGCCAGUUUUGGGUAGGGAUGCGGCAAAACUGGGGCUGAUGGGGGAAAAGCACUUGGGGGCGUGUCGUUUGGGAAGAGACAGGCGCAGAGGAAGGAAGGAGUCAAGGCGGGUGUGAGAAGAUUGGGAGGGUGGGUAAAC